UGUGAACUUCAAUCGGGACUUCAAUUGCCCUUAAUUUAAGAGUAGUUCACUGUUUGAAUCUGGUGGAAGUGGUACAACUGUGAAUUUUGAGAUACAGCCUCUCUUGCUUCUUUUCCAGAAUCUGCGUACUCUGUCACCAUGAGUUUUGGGGAACCGCUGACAACUUUGUUGGUUGUUUUAUUGAGCGUCCUGCUUCUGGUGAGAUUCUUUCAAAACAACCAGCGGCAGAAAGGCAGGCUUCCCCCGGGUCCUCCUGCCCUCCCGAUCGUCGGCAACCUGUUCCAACUGGAUUUCAAAGCACCCCACAAAUCCCUCAUCAAGCUGAGUGAGUGGUAUGGCCCUGUGUUCACCUUCUGGUUCAGCAGCUUCCCUGCGGUGGUGGUGUGUGGUGCCGAAGCGAUGAGAGAGGCCCUGAUUGACCACGGGAAUGACUUCAGUGGCCGAUAUCUCAUCCCUGUCAUCAAAAAAGUCUCAGAUGGCUAUGGAGUUGGUUUCAGCAGUGGCGAGAGAUGGAAGCAGCUUCGGAGAUUCACUCUCAGCACCUUGAGGAAUUUUGGAAUGGGGAAAAAGAGCGCUGAGGAGAGGAUUCAGGAAGAAGCCCAGUUCCUGCAAACAAGCUUCAGGAAUAAGAAAGGUGAACCUUUCAACCCAAACUUUCUCCUGAGAGGUGCAACGUCAAACAUCAUCUGUUCCAUCACCUUUGGAAAACGAUUUGAUUACGAAGAUAAACAACUUCUCUGGCUGAUGGAGUUGGUUGCAGAAAAUGCCCGCAGUUUGACUAGCCCUUGGAUACAGUUGUACAACAACUUCCCAAGGAUCAUGGAUUUCCUACCCGGACCUCAUCAGAAGAUCUUCCAAAAUAUGGAAAACUUGAAAAGUUUUCUGGCCAAGACUAUUCAAAGUCACAAAGAGACUGUCCAGAAAGACUCCCCCAGGGAUUACAUCGACUGCUUCCUCACAAAGAUGGCUGAGGACAAAGAUGUGCUUAACUCCGAAUUCUUUCAAGAAAACUUGCUGCUGACGGUGCUGAACUUAUUUAUGGCUGGAACUGAAACAACCAGUACAACACUACGCUGGGCUCUUCAAAUCCUGGCAAAGUAUCCAGAAGUUCAAGAGAAGAUUCAUAAUGAGAUUGAUGAUGUGAUUGGUUCUCAUCGAAGACCAGCAAUUGAGGAUAGGGCGAAGAUGCCGUACACUGACGCGGUCAUCCAUGAGGUCCAGCGAUACAUUGACAUCGCUCCCAUGAGCCUUCCACACAUGGCAACAAGUGAUGUGAACUUCCGAGGAUAUCUGAUACCAAAGGGUAUGCUUGUGAUGCCUGUCCUUUCGUCUGUUCUGAAAGACAACAGCCUCUGGGAGUCACCUGAAUCAUUUAAUGCAAACCAUUUCCUUGAUGAAAAUGGAUGUUUCAAAAAGAGUGAAAAUUUCGUGGCAUUCUCAGCAGGGAAAAGAAUGUGCCUGGGAGAAUCUUUGGCUCGCAUGGAACUCUUCCUUUUUUUGACCACUCUCCUGCAGAACUUUGUCUUCAAGGCUGUCAUCGAUCGCAAGGACAUCGACAUCUCACCAGAUGCAACUGGAAUUCUGGUUGUACCCCAUGUGUAUGAAUUCUAUGCUGUCCCUCGCUAAAUCACCUUGAAUUUUAGCGGUUGAUGUUAAAAAUUAUUUAGUUACUUGCAUAUAUUUAAUGUAACAAAAUUUGGUUAUUUCCCAUUUACUCUUUCUCACUGUAGUCUAACAUGUCAGUCCAUGGUCACUUCAUGUCAAGGUGAGACAGCCCUCAGAGUGGCAAAACAGCUUAUUUUCCAUCUGAGUAGCCUCCAACCUUCCCUUUCUCCCAUGGUCCACUCUCCUCUUCUGUCAGAUUCCUUCCUCUCCAGGCCCUUUAUCUUUUCUCCCACUUGGCUUCACCUAUCAUUUUCUAGCUCUCCUCCUUCCCCUCCACCUAUUUAUUCUGGUGUCUUCCCUCUUCCUUUCUAGAGCUGAAGGAGGGCCACUGUCUGAAAUGAUGCCUGUUGAUUCAUUUCCAUAACUGCUACGUGACAUGUUGAGCUCCUCCAGCAUGUUCUAUGUAUUCCUUUGGAUUUCGAGCAUCAACAGAAUCUCUCAGAUUUAUUAUUAUCCACAAUGAGUGUGUUUUUAACUAUGAUUAUUGUUUGUAAAUAUACACAACAAAAAUAUACAAACAUUUCGGUAGGGCUCAUCAGCUGUGGUUGGCAACUCAUCUGGGAGAAGAAAAACACUUGACCUUUGACCCCUGCUGCCUUGCAGCUAUACCCACUCAUGGGGAAGCCUUUGUGAGCAACCCCACCCCUACCCCCCAAAAUCCUGAGCUGGAGUCCACAGGCAGUCCUAUGUUACUACUGGAAGCAGAAUUCACAUGUUUUAACCCUUUGGUUCAAUUCCUCAGCUGCCUCUGCAUCUUCUGCAGCUGGAAGUCAAGUUGUCAUUACUUCAGAGAAGAGUGGGAUUCUUUGUCACACACCUAGUGAGUGCAGCUCUAAUACUGAAGAGGUUUGAUCCCCAUUUUCAGAAGACCAUUUGGUUUGGAGCUCAGCUGAACAUCUGGGUGCUUGAAGCCAGAGAAUAUGUUCAGAACUGGACAGAGGAUGUGGUGCAUGUGGUGGUGAAACAGACCAUAAGAUAUAGGAGUAGAAUUAAGCCAUUUGACCUGUUAAGUCUGCUGCACCAUUUCAACAUGGCUGAUCCAUUCCCUUCUCAGCUCCUAUCUCCUGUCUUUUCCCUGUAUCCUUCAUGCCCUGACUAAUCAAGAAUCUAUCAAUCUCUGCCUUAAAUAUACCUAAUGACUUGCCCUCCAGUCGCCCGUGACAACAAACUUCACAGAUUCACCACUGUUUGAAGAAAUUCCACCUCAUCUCAAUUCUAAAACGAUGUCCUUCUAUUCUGAGGCUGUACUCUCUGCUCUUAAACACCAAGGGCCACUUGAGAUGUUUUCUUGCGGAAACUGAUUAGUGAUCUCCAUCAGGCUAGUUGACAGAAUUCAGGAGAUAGCAAGGAGGGUGGAAGAGUGUAUCUUCCUGCGCCCUAUGGAGAGUCUGUGGAGCCCUGCUCACCCCUUUCACUCUGGACAUUGUGUGCACUUUCUUGUAUGGUAACAGCUACUGUGGAGACAACUGUCCUCCUGUCUGUGAUGAAACUAGAUCUCUGACCUUGGUCACACAGCAGUAGCUAGAUAUUGUGAGGAAUCAUUGAGCAGAAACACAUUUGCUUCUCUUGGUGGACAGGGACGCUCCCAGGAGCAAAGGGACUAUGACAUGUCAGUAGAUACCUGGUCUGCACAAGAAUACGGAUGCCCCCCCGGCACAAGAUGGCUCAUCUGUGUGAGCAGUGAUGCAGUGUAUGCCCAGAUCAUUCACCAGCAGGAUUAGUACAGGUGCAAACUUGUCUGCUGAAGCAGAUACACUGAUCAGACAUCGCAUUUCUAUUCAGCCCAUGCAGGAAGUUGAAAAUGGGACAGCCUAGAGACCCACGUCUCAGAGAGUGUCAGCUCGUCUCAGGUUCCCAUCAGGAGGAUGAAAAAAUAAUGGAGAUUAAAUUUAUACAGAAGUACAGCACAGAAACAGACCAUUCAACCCAUCUGGUCCAUGCCAAAACCAUUUAAACUGCCUACUACAAUCGAUCUGCACCAAAACCAUACUCCUCCAUAUCCCAACUAUCCAUGAACAUAUCCAAACAUUGAAAUCCAGGCAAACACGACGAAAUCUGCAGAUGCUGGAAAUUCAAGCAACACACUAAAAAUGCUGGUGGAAUGCAGCAGGCCAGGCCGCAUCUGUAGGGAGAAGCACUGUUGACGUUUCGGGCUGAGACCCGGCUCGCAUGCACCACUUGUGCUGGCAACUCAUUCCAGUCUCUCAUGGCCCUCUGAGUGAAGAGGUUUUGCCUGAUGUUCCCCUAAGAUUUUACACCUUUCAAUUUUAACCCAUAGCCUCUGGUUGUUGUCCCACCCAAUCUCAGUGGAAAAAGACUAAUUAUACCCCCCAUAAGUUUGUAUACCUAUGACAAAUCUCCACUCAGUCUUUUAUGUUCUAAAGAAUACAGUUCUACCCUGUUCAAUCUUUCCUUGUAUCUCAGGUCCUCCAGACCUGGCAAAAUCCUUGUAAAUCUUCUCUGUACUCUUUCAAAUUUGGUUACAUCUUACCUGCAGGUAGGUGACCAAAACUGCACACAUUACUCCAAAUUAGGCCUCACCAACAUCUUGUACAGCUUCAACAUAACAAUCCAUCUCUUGUACCCAAUACAUUGAUUUAUGAAGGCCAUUAUGCCAAAAGCUUUCUUUACAAGAUUGUUGAUUAUUGUAUCAAUGUUCUGACAUCACAUGACAUCCAGCUUCAACACACAUCAGUUCACUAGGUGACACAGCGAGUGAAGCAGCACACACAACAGUGUCCCAGAGUCAGCAAUCCCAGACUGAGUGUUGAAAUGGCUCUGGUCAGUAAACAGAGGUUGACAUCCUCAGGAACAUUAAUGUGUAGCAGAACAGCAUAAUGCUAUUACUGCACCAGUGACCUGCUUCAUUUCCCACUGCUGUCUGCAGGGAGUUUGGACAUUCUCCCUGUCGUCACAUGACUUUCCUCCAGGUGCUCUGGUUUCCUCCCACAAACCAAAGACAUACAGGUUAGGCUUCGUGAGGUGUGGGUGUUAGCUCAUCCACUGACUGCGAUGGUCAUUGAGGCAAAAGACAUAUUUCACUCUGCUUCGAUGUAAAUGUGGCAAAAAAACACAAAUCUUUCAUCUGCUGAUGUGGCCCUGAUAUUUAAAAAAAUUUAUAUCUUGUGUCAGUUAUUCAGGAACCACAGGAUAUGUUCAAACCACUGUGUUAUUAUCAAAAUCUCACAUUGUAAUCAACAAGUUGUUUAUUAUCAGCAUUUAAAUUUGCCAUUAUAAAAUUCUUUAUUAAAUAUUCUUUAAACACAUUUUAACACUUAAAAUUAUGAAACUUCCCUGUUUGGUCACACAGAAAUACAUCAGCUGUUCCCAUGGCAACAGUGAGAUGGGCGGUUGUUCUGUUUAAGCUGGAAAUCCAUUAAUGUUUAAAAGAGUUAUGGUUCAAUGUUUCAAUUUAAUAUCAGAGUGUAUACAGUAUACAACCUGAAAUUCUUACUCUUCACAGACAUUCACAAAACAGAAAAGCACAAAGAAUGACAGAAAACGUUAGAACCCCAAAGCCUCCCUCCCCCUAACAAGCAGCAACAAAAUCAACAACCCUCCCCUUUCCCCCACUUGCCCCAGCAAAGGCAUCAACCCCCCCCCCCCCCACCACCACCAUGCAAGCAUCAGCAAAUCUUGCAGAGACCAUCAUCGACAGUCCAUCAAAACUACUGUCCAUUCCAACACUUCAGCAUCUCAGACAUGGUGAUGGUAAACAAAUGUUAGAUUUUAAAUAAUUUGAGACAUGUAUUCACUAAUUACAGUAAAUAAAUAAAAGCUAACUUGUCAAUA